AUGUCAAAGAAAGCAGCUACCCCAGACGCUCCAGUUCUCCUUGGUCGUGUUGGAAACAACUUAAAGAUGGGUUUGGUCGGUUUACCAAACGUUGGUAAGUCAUCCAUGUUCAACAUCUUGACCAACAUGUCUAUCCCAGCUGAAAAUUUCCCAUUCUGUACUAUUGAUCCAAAUGUAUCUAGAUGCGCUGUACCAGAUGAACGUUAUGAUUGGUUAGUCGAUCUCCAUAAACCAAAAAGCAAUAUUCCAGCUUAUUUGACCAUCACUGAUAUUGCUGGUCUUGUAAAGGGUGCCUCAACUGGUGCUGGUUUGGGUAAUGCUUUCUUGUCUCAUAUUCAACAAGUAGAUGGUAUUUUCCAUAUGAUCAGAGCUUUUGAUGACUCUGACAUUAUCCAUGUUGAAGAUACUGUUGAUCCAGUUCGUGAUUUGGAAGUUAUUGCCAACGAAUUGAUCCAAAAGGAUCUUGAACAUGCUGCCAAGCAAUUGGACGUUCUCGUAAAGUCUGUCAAGAAUAAAACUGUUGACAAGACCAAACAACAAGAAAUUGAUACCUACCAAAAGGUUGUCAACCUCUUAAAGGAAGGAAAGCAAGCCAGAUUUGGUCAAUACUCCAACUUUGAAGUUGAAUUUAUCAGAGAUAUGGGUUUGAUCACCACCAAGCCAGGUAUCUAUUUGGUCAAUCUCUCUGAAGAAGAUUUCAUCAGAAAGAAGAACAAGUACCUCGCCAAGAUCAAGACCUGGGUCGAUGCCAACGGAGGAGGACCAAUCAUCCCAAUCUCUGUCAAGUUUGAAGCCCCACUCUCCCUCAUCAAGAACCCAGAGGAACGUAAGGCCUACGAAGACAGCAAGGGUGCCGUCUCUAUGCUUCCAAAGAUCAUCAAGACUGGUUACCAUCACCUCCAAUUGUGCCAUUUCUUCACUUGUGGUUCUGAUGAAGUCCGUUGCUGGACUUUCCAAAAGGGAUCCAAGGCCCCACAAUGCGCUGGUGUCAUUCAUACUGACUUUGAAAAGGGUUUCAUUAUGGCUGAAACUAUGGCCUACGUAGACUUUGCUGAACACAAGAGUGAAGCUGCUUGCAAGGCUGCAGGCAAAUGGAUUAUAAAACAAUAUAAUUUAAAUAUUCAAACAUCUGAUGAAUUGAUAUGUAAUGAUGUUCAUUUCAAAUGUUCAAAUACUACUUCAGGAUAUCAUAUCAUUAAUAUAAAUAUUAUAAAUUCAUCAUCACCAGGAUCUGAUAUGCCAGACUAUAAUUUAAAGAGUUUUUACUUUCCAGAACUUUUAACAAUACAACAUAAAGUAACUCAUGCCACAAAUGUAUCCAUCAAUUUAUUAUCUCUUUUAUCUGAUCUACCAAACCUUUUUUCUUUAGAUAUUGGGAAUGAUCCAAGUAUUAGUUGGGUACCAGAUUUUGAAUUUUUCAAUUUACCCAAACUAAGAAUAUUUCAAUCAUUGUCUCCUAUUGAAAAGAUUGAUACAUCUUUUAACAAUACCAAUAUUCAACAUAUCUCGUUAUCCUCCAAGUUAUUGAGAAUGAUCCUUAUUGAUACAACAAUGUAUCUUCCAAGGUUAGAAACUCUGAUGUUUUUCAUCAAUUCAACUACUCCUCUAGAGAUGGCAUUCACUACAAAGUCAUUCCCAUUGUUAAACUCUGUUUCAAUUAAUUCCUUAUCCACCCAAAAGAUCAAGAUUCUUCAUUCAUCAUCGGUAUUGCAUAAUUUGCUAUUAGGACCACGGUAUGAUGAUAUGGACGGAUCACCAAUCUAUGAAUUCUUUACAGAUAGUCCAUCAACCAUCAAAUCAAUUUCAACUUAUGGGCAAGGAUCAUCAUUAACUCCCAAAUUAUUGGAUUCUUUUCCAAAUAUAAAUUAUUUUACAUUUACAAACUCAUCAUUGACAGAGAUACCAUUCACAAAAUUUCCAACAGGUUUAGAGGCAUUAGGAUUUUCAUUUUCAAGAGUUCAAAGUAUUCCAACAUCAUUGGUGGCACCUAAUACUUUGAUUUACCUUGAUCUUUCAUACAAUAAGAUUCAGGGUCAGUUCCCAUGGGACACCAUUCUUAAGAAUGUAACAAAACUUUACCUAAGUUUGAGGGGAAAUCCAGGGUUGAGUGGAUAUGUUCCAGAUACAGCGUGUAGUCAACUCAGCAAUUUGUUCAUCUCAAAAACAGCCAUUUCAUCAUUGCCAGAAUGUUUUUGGUGUUUUCCAGAUCGGGUGGAAACUGAUAUACCAUACCCAACAGGAUUCAUCUGUAAUGUUGUCCUAUCCAACAAAUCUCUUAUCACCAAUUUAGGACAUGGGAUAAUAGAAGGGUCGAAUUUAGGUUGGGGUGGUACUUUUACUACCUAUACCAUCAAACCAAUCGUAUUCAAUCAAAAAGUGGAAAUCAUCUUUAAAAAUUACCAAAACUUUUAUAAUCCAAAUCCAAAUCCAAUCACCAUUCCGCUUUCAUCAGCACCCAUUUCUAUUGCCAAUGCCAGUUUUACUAGUAUUGUAGAGGCUGGCAUUGACUUGGAUACUAUCACAUAUGAACAAAGAAUAAGAUUGAUAUUUUUUACAUUUACUUUUAAAUCGAUCAAUUUAAAUUUUGUUCAUCGUAUUUCCAUCAAUUCACAAGAAUGUUUGAUAACAACUACAUCAGCACCACUUACAAUACAAUGUGCUCUCAGAUUUUCAACUACAAAUAGUUUUUUCAAUACAACUGGAACUGCAUCAAACUUGACCUAUUUAAUUUCAAAUGGUUUUUUCAAUAUAACUGGAAAUACUAAAUUGAUUCUAGAAUACCCAAUUGUUAGAUCAAUAUCAAAAGAAACUGGACCAACUCUUCAAUCGAUUAGAUUAACAUUAUUUGGUAAUUUUGGACCAUUUGAAGAAGGUAAUUCAAUAGUUUUGGUACAUAAUUGGAUUGCAUGUAUUGUCGAAACUAAAAAUCAAACAACUUUAGUUUGCCUUAUUGAUACACUCCAUGACAAUUAUGGUCUAGCACCUUUAUAUGUAAAUGUUGAUGGUGCCAACUUUACUUCUUCCAAUAUGCUGUAUUUCGAUCCUCCUCCUCCAACUCAAGGAAAUGACUUGAAAUCAAAAUGUGAACAAAAUACUCGUCAUUGUUAUGGCCAUGGUCAAUGUCAAGAUAAUGGACAAUGUAGUUGUGAUCUAGGUUAUAGUCAAUUAGAUAAUUGUCUUACUAAAUAUUUAAAUGAAACUAUACCAAUUGAAACAAAUUCAUCAUCACCAGUAACACAAUUUAAUAUUGAUGGAGUAUUAUUUAAUUUUGAAAUGUACUCUAUUCAAGAAAUUGAUUCAGAUGGUAAAACGGUGAUGAAUGAAGUAAUUGUUAGGGAAUGGACAUCGAAUAUUACAACAGAUGAAGAGUUGACAGUUGCCAAUUACGUUUUAAUUAGUAAUGAAACUGAGGCAAAUGUUACAGCGGUCAUAUCGUUUUCAUCAAAACCAAGAAUCAUUUCAUUUGGAGACCAACAAUUUUCAAUCGAUCCCAAUUCGAUCAAAGUCACGGUCGCAGUCGAGAAUUGGACCUACCAAAGCAAUAUCGCUACACUUAGAGUUUUGUUUAAAACAGUGGUAGACACUAACCAAGCCGUCCAAGUAAAUUGUGAUCAACACAAUAUAGAUACAUUUUCAUAUGACUCCUUGGGUAAUACAAUCCAAUACCUUCGUGUUGUCAAACAAGGUGUUCAGUUUACCGGUCGAUUCAUAAACUAUGUCUUGUCUGAUGGUAGAUCAACCUAUUCUCAAACACAACUAGUAUCUCUUUUACCCAUUGUCAACAAGGUAAAUGAAUCUAUUGCAUUGAUUGGUGUCAACUUUCCUCAAUGUCAAUCCUGUACUCUCGAUCCAGACUUUACACCAUUAAUCAUUGAUAAUAGUAAAGUCGGAGAAUGUGGUGGUGCAUCAGACUCUAAAGUUUGGAAAAUUGCUGUUGGUGUCAGUGUUGGAGGUGUAGUAUUGAUCGCAUUGGUUGUUGGUACUAUCAUCUAUCUCAAGGAUAGUAAUAGAUUUAGAUUACAUUUUGCUAAAAAUAUUAGAAUGAAGAAAGUUUAA